AUAAGCCAAUAAAGUAUUGUUUCUACUAUAAAAAUACAUUUGGGGAAGUAAACGUUUUACUAAUGAAGCCCAUUUUUUGUUAAAUUUCGAUACUCAAUUUCCCACGCUUCCUUUAUUAUAACUUGGGUCAACUAUAAUCUACUGUUCUCCAGAUCUGUGGGUCAUUUCAAAUUUAUUUGUGGUGUUAUAGUCAUAUAUCGAAGGGUCAAGAAAUGCCGCCAAAUUUAAAGGACGUCCAAAAUGACACUUACACGGGCAUACUAGAAGAAACCGAAAUAAUCGAUACGAACAAAAUCACACCAGAAAGACUAAAUGUCCAACCUAGAAAGUACAUAGUCGUUUGGCGAAACGUCAUUUUGUACAGUUUAGCUCAUAUUCUAGGGGCGUAUGGCUUGUAUUUGUGCUUUUCCAGUGCUAAAAUUGCCACAACCAUUUUUGGAUUUUUUAUUUAUAUGUUAGGCGCUUUUGGUACCACAGGAGGAGCCCAUAGACUGUGGUCUCACAGAUCCUUUAAGGCCACGUGGCAAUUACGAUUAUUUUUGAUGAUAUGCCAAACAAUAUCAGUUCAGAAUUCCAUUAUCCAAUGGGUAAGAGACCACAGGCUUCACCACAAAUAUUUAGAUACAGAUGCCGAUCCACAUUGUUACCAAAGGGGGAUGUUUUUUAGCCACGCAGGUUGGUUACUCACCAGAAAACAUCCAGAAGUUAAGAAAAAGGGCGCGUUACUAGACCUUUCUGAUCUAUAUGCUGACCCCAUCGUCAGAUGGCAACAUAAGCAUUUUAACUAUUUUGUGGUAUUAGUAGGUUUGAUAAUUCCUACCCUGAUACCAAUGUUUUUCUGGAACGAAACGUUUUUGAAUGCUUACUGCGUUAACUUUGCCAGGCUGGCCAUAGAGUUAAAUGCUACGUGGACUGUGAAUUCUAUAGCUCAUUUUAUAGGGAUGAAACCAUAUGAUAAGAAUAUGAGUCCGACCGAAACCCUCUUCGUCUCGUUUAUAGCGAUCGGUGAGGGGUGGCACAACUACCACCACGCCUUUCCAUGGGACUACAAAGCCUCAGAGUUCAAAAGUUUCAAUCUCACCCUUAGGUUCAUAGAUUUGUUUGCUAAAAUUGGUUGGGCGUAUGAUAUGAAAACCGUCUCCCCCGAGCUGGUUCGACACAGGGUGAAGAGAACAGGCGAUGGAAGUCAUCACAUCUGGGGUUGGGGGGAUAAGGAUCAAACCAGUGAAGAAGUUAACGGAGCUAUUCUUAUAAAUAAGAAAAACUGAGUAUAGUUUUGUUGUACUAAGUGUAGUUAUAUUGUGUACAGUAUCAGGUAAUAUCAUUGACGCACGUAUUAUAUCAGAUCAAUGAUGGCUUGGAAUAAAUGAAAUAAAGGUUUAAAUAAUUUUA